UGCGAUUGUGCUUCUUCCCCUUGCGUCCAGCCAUCCAUCGUCCCAAAUGGUUUCGUUCAGGUUUCACCAGUACCAGGUGGUGGGAAGGGCCCUUCCUACAGAGACAGAUGAGCACCCCAAGAUCUAUCGCAUGAAGCUUUGGGCCACCAAUGAGGUCCGUGCCAAAUCCAAGUUCUGGUAUUUCCUGAGAAAGCUGAAGAAGGUGAAGAAAAGCAAUGGGCAAGUGCUAGCCAUUAAUGAGAUUUAUGAGAAAAAUCCUACCAAGAUUGAUAACUAUGGAAUCUGGCUGCGAUAUCAAAGUAGAACUGGUUAUCACAACAUGUACAAGGAAUACCGAGACACCACCCUCAAUGGUGCGGUUGAGCAAAUGUACACUGAAAUGGCAUCACGUCACAGGGUGAGGUUUCCAUGCAUCCAGAUCAUCAAGACAGCCACCAUUCCUGCAAAGAUGUGCAAACGAGAGAGCACCAAGCAGUUUCAUAAUUCUAAAAUCAAGUUCCCAUUGGUGUUCAAGAAGGUCAGGCCGCCAAGUAGGAAGCUGAAGACAACUUACAAGGCAUCAAGGCCCAACUUGUUCAUGUGAUUUGGACAAGUCACAUUCCCUUUGCUUAUCGCUGAGAAGUUGUUUGAUUUAUUAGUGAACUUGCAAGAGCUAGAAAAGCUAAUCGUAUAGCACCAAACAUCACCACAUGCAACUGCAAGCUCUCAAGUUUUGAGCAUUUCGUUUAGGAGAGUUGUUUUGAUAUUUUGCCGAUCCGCAUCAACUUACUCAUAAUUAAUUGUUAAAUUUUAUUGGAAAGGCGAUUUAUGAUUUAUUAUGAUAUGAGAUUUGUUUGUGCAAAUUCUAUUUAACCAUUACUUUAGUGGCAAAAAUGUCUUAAA